CCAAAAAAAAGAAGAAAAUUCCAAGAAUUUUUUCCCUUGAUCUUGAACAACAAACAAACAAACAACAGCUAAAUGCCUCCUAAUCAUUAAGAAACAACUAAAUAAUUUUUCUUUUAUUUUUGUUGUUGGCAUCAUGAAAUUGGAUCCAAUCAAUUCGAAUUAUAAUAAUAAUCAUAAUCAUCAUCAUCAUGGUCACCAUCAUGGACAUCAUCAUCAUCAUGAAUCGACUGAUGAUCGUGAACAACGUGCACGUAAUGAACGUUUAGCAUUGUUACAAUUGGAAAAAGCCAAGACAAAACCGGUUGCAUUUGCAGUUCGUACAAAUGUUUCAUACGAUGGCAGUGUUGAUGAUGAUUCGCCCAUACAUGGAUACGCCAUUUCAUUCGGUAUUAAAGAUUUUCUUCAUAUCAAAGAGAAAUACAAUAAUGAUUGGUGGAUUGGACGUCUAGUGAAAGAGAAUUGUGAUAUCGGUUUUAUACCAAGUCCAGCUAAAUUGGAAGGUCUUCGAACCCAGCAGAGUCAGAUAACGAAUCGAGCAAAAGUACAUUCAAAAUCAUCAUCACAAAGUGGUGGUGGUGGUGGCGGUACAAAUUUCGUUAAUUCAAUGAUCAAUUCGAAUUCACAUUCGAAAUCAAAUCUCAGUGAUUCUAAUGCCUCUAAUUCGGAAAAUCCCGAUGAUAACGAUAUACAGUUGAAACAUUUUAAAUCAUCAGUAUCGACACCUACUGUUAAAGAGCGGCGAAAAAUUCUAUUCAAAAAGUCUGAACAUAUGGCACCAUAUGAUGUUGUACCAUCAAUGCGACCAGUGGUUCUAGUUGGUCCAUCAUUAAAAGGUUAUGAAGUGACGGAUAUGAUGCAAAAAGCAUUAUUUGAUUUUCUUAAACAUCGUUUUGAAUCACGUAUAAUUAUAACACGUGUUAUGAUCGAUAUAUCGAUGGCAAAAAGAUCGGCAAAUAAUGCAAAGAAAAAUUUACUUGAAUAUGGUAAAAUGGAAAAUCGUGCCAGUCUUGCUCAAGUACAAGCAGAAAUUGAACGAAUAUUUGAAUUAGCACGUACGAUGCAGCUAGUUGUACUUGAUUGUGAUACAAUCAAUGAUCCAACACGUUUAGCUAAAACUCCAUUAGCACCAAUUUUUGUCUAUAUAAAAGUAUCAUCGCCAAAAGUUUUACAACGUUUAAUUAAAUCUCGUGGUAAAGGACAAAGUAAAAAUCUAAACGUACAAAUGAUUGCAGCUGAAAAAUUGGCACAAUGUCCAAAGGAAAUGUUUGAUGUAAUAUUGGAUGAAAAUCACCUUGAAGAGGCAUGUCAACAUUUAGCCGAUUAUUUGGAACAAUAUUGGCGUGAAACACAUCCAACAACAACAUUAUUUGAACCACAAUUAAUGAUGGAUGCUUCGGGUGGCGGUGGUGGUGGUGGUACAACUACACCAUCAAUGCCACCACCAACAAUAUUUUCACCAACAACAAUGUUAUCUACAUAUGAUCCGAAUAAUUACAUGUCAUAUCCAUUGAAUUUCAGUGCAUAUGGUCCAUCGGUUGAUCCGAUGGAUGUUAAUUAUGCAAUGGAUGCACAAACAACACCACAACCAACAUCAACGAAUCUUUUGUUUUCCCCAACAUCAACAAUAACAACAACAACGGCAACGACCACGACUAACGAUGAUUCAGUGUCAUCAUCAUAUUUUCAUGAUUCAAGACUUUCCAAUUAUUCACCAAUUACAAACAACAACAAUAAUAACCAUAACCAUAACCAUAUAACAACAACGAUCGCACAAUCAUCACAUCCUAAUGCAUGGAUUAUUACCCGUAAUAAUGAUCAUUAUAUGGAUACACAAAAUAAUAACAAUCACCACCAUCAUCAUCAUCAUUUGGCCGUUGAUCUUCAUACACCAUCACCACCAACAUCGACAUCAUCAUCGUCAUCGACAUCAACAUCACCACCGCCAAAAUUACAACCACCAUAUAUUGGUGAUGAUAAACAUAGUUAAAAAAACGGGUUUCUUCCUGUCAUUUUUUGUUCUCGAUGAUGUGGAGGUAUUAUUGUUGAUUGUUUAUCGAGCGUUUGAUGUAUGUCUUUUUUCCCGUUGUUGUUUUGGCGAAAAGGGCAUGAAUUUCUCGUUGGUCCAAAAAUGAAAUUGUAAAUUUUCGGAUUCUUUUUUGUGUCUCCUUCUUAUCCUGGUGUGUUUUUUUGGAUAAUUUUUUUACGAAUUUAUCUAUUUUGAGUGUGUACUAUGUGCGUGUGUUUAAGUUUGAAUUUUCCUUUUUUGAAUUUAAACAUCGAAAAACACAGCAAUUCAGAUAAAGAAAUGAGAUCCGAAAACGAAACGAAACAACCAGAAUUAGGAAUUUAAUUUUACCCACUACUUGCAAUACUUUUCUGUUUUUUUUUCAAAAUUCAAAAAAACUUAGAAAUGAUAGAUGAAUUUUUUUUUGCCAAAUCAAAAUAAGUUUUUCAUAGAAAUUAUCUUGGAUUUUUUUUUUGGUUUUGUUUCAUAAGAAACUUUUUUCAGAUUUUAAAUUAUCAAUCAAAUUCAAAGUGUUCUAGUCAUAUAUACCCAUGUCAAUGAUGAAAACACACAUUGUUUAAUUUUUGAUCGGUCUAUCGAUUGUUCGAUCAUAUGUUUUUUGCUAUAAUGAUAAUGAUGAUGGUGAUCAGAACAAAAUGUUUUUUAAUUCAACAACAACUAAAUAUUUGUAUUUUGCCUUAUAAAUUGUUGUUGUUGUUUUUUCAAUCGAUUUAAAGUGAAAAAUUUAAACAAACAUAAUUAUCUAUAAUCAGAAUAUCUAUUCAACAUGUUUCGAUCUCUCACCAUUCAAUUCAAUUAUAUUCAUGUUUUACUUUAUUUAUUGUUUAAAUGAAUUGACAAUUUUGAAUCACUUACCAUAUAUUUAUUGUUGUUGUUGUUGUUUUUAUUUGCUUUGUUGUGUCUCUGUUGAUGAUGGUCACAAUCAGCCAAUUUUUUUCUUCAAUUUUUCUGCUUCCGUAAACAUACAACACACCUAUUGAACACAGUCGUUAUAUUAUUUACCUUGUAAUGAAAAAAAAAAUUUGUUUGUUUUUUUCCGCUACUUUAUCCAUUGUUGAAACUAUCUAUUCAUUGUGAAUUAUUUGAAAAAUGUUGAUUUUAAAUUUUUAUUUGUUGUUUUUCUGUUUUUCAUUCAUUUUCGGCUUUCUAAGCAAAGAAAAAAAAUUCUUCCAUAUGUUUCAUUAUUACUCAAAAGAUUUACAAACACACACAGACACAAAUAUGCAUUUAAUUGAUUAAAAUUUUAAA